AUGGACUAUAACUAUUUGCUUUUUUUGUACUUCGCUACAAUCGUCACGCCGAGCGUGCUGCUCGCUGCUUUCUACGCGCACAUUUACCGCGUCGUAGUGAAGCAGAUGAGCGCCGUGGUAACAGUAGAAGGAGGCCAUGGUCGCAAUACUAGCGGUACGAUGCUGAGAGUUCUAGGCGCCGCUCAAAAACGUGAAGUCAAGGCUACACGGAACCUCGCUAUCAUUGUCUUCUUUUUCAUUGUGUGUUGGAUUCCUCUAUACACGAUAAAUGCUAUAAAAGCAUUCCUUCCAGAACUAGACAUUCCCAACCCGCUCACCUAUUUUUGUAUAAUAUUUUCUCAUUUGAAUUCGGCUAUCAAUCCGUUAUUAUAUGCAUAUCACCUUAAAGAUUUUAGAGCUGCAUUAAAAGGUUUGAUUUGCAAUAUUAUUGGUAGAGGCGUACCCUUACCGGCAGCUUACAGACCUCCGAUGCCAGUUAGAAGACCCGCUUUAGAACGGUGUAACGCUUUAAGGGAAAGACCGAGAGUUUACGUGAACUCUCCAAUUUGGUUGCGCCAGAAACAGGCAGAAGCUGCAGUCAAUCAAGAUGCGAAUAAGUACAUAGCGAAGCCAGUUACAGUUGUACCUGAGAUGGAACCGUUUCUGGAUAAAACAGUCGUGAACAGUUCCAGUGGCCGUCAUUUGUCUGAAGACCGAGAUAACAAUUUAUACUUCAUCGAUUCUAAUCAAGGUAGAUGCCAAAGUCCUUAUAAGAAAGUAGAGGAGUUCUUACGAAGAGUUCACAGCGUCAGUUCGGAACAUAGCUGA